UGUUUCGUUGAAGAGUUCGGCUUGCAGCUUUAGUGGCAGACGUAAGAAUUGAACUGUUGGUGGAAGCAGAAACGGGUCAUGCGAAUGACGUAAGACGAAUCGAGCAACAAUUUAGAGACAGACUGACGUUUUCCUGAUCGCGUAAGCGUAAGAGAAGAGAUUUGAAGAAUUUUAAGAGAAAAAUUGAAAUUGACGUGAAAAUGGGCGAACGACGAGGCACAAAGGCACUAGAGCUUUGGUGCCGGCGAAUAACCGAGGGUUAUCCUGAUGUAAAUGUACAAAACAUGACAACUUCUUGGAGGGAUGGUCUUGCCUUUUGUGCAAUGAUUCAUCAUUUCCGUCCUGAUCUCAUUGACUUCGACAAUUUAGACAAGAAUGACGUGUAUGGGAACAAUGAACUGGCAUUCAGAGUAGCAGAGCAGCAUCUUGGAAUCCCAGCACUUUUGGAUGCAGAAGAUAUGGCCUCCUGCUCUGUACCUGACCGAUUAUCAAUUCUUACUUAUCUUUCACAGUUUUAUCAAACACUUGGUGGUUCAUCUCCAGCACGACACCCAGUGAGUAGAACGACCGAAACCGUAGAGGAACGAAUCACUGAAUUGCCUGAAUCUCCGAAAGAAAAGGUACAGAAGCCUUUGUUGUACGAAACGUAG